AUGGCAGAGGCGGAGUUUGCACCAAACCUUGAACAUAUCAUCAUGUCAAAGACAUUAAGAUGGAUCUUUGUAGGUGGGAAAGGUGGUGUUGGAAAGACUACUACAGCAUGUAGUCUUGGUGUCACGACCGCAUUGAGAAACCCACAAAAGAAAAUCUUGAUUAUUUCGACGGAUCCAGCACAUAAUACGUCCGACGCAUUCGACGUCAAGUUUGGAGCCGAACCGAUGGCUGUGCCUGGUAUUGAUAAUUUGUCAGUGAUGGAAAUUGACGUGAAAGAUGCGAUGAAAGGGAUGUUUGAUCAACCACAACAACAGCAACAACAACCACAAGGAAUGGGUCUUUUAAGCGAAUUAACUGGGAUGAUGGGGAUGGUUAAGAACGUUCCUGGUAUUGACGAAGCCAUUGCAUUUUCGCAAAUCAUACAUCAAGCGCAACAAAUGAAGUUUGACACUGUCAUCUUCGAUACUGCACCAACUGGACAUACAUUGAGAUUUUUGUCAUUGCCAUCCUUCUUAAGAGACUUAAUGCAAAAGGUUAUGAAACUCCAAGAAACAUUUGGGCCGAUGAUGAGUCAGUUUGGCGGGAUGAUGGGGAUGAACGUUGAUAUGAAUGAAAUGAAACCGAAGCUCGAGACGAUGUUAAAAACAUCGGAAGAAAUUGUUAAAGAGUUCACAGACCCAGAACUGACCACUUUUGUCCCCGUGUUAAUCCCAGAGUUCUUACCACUGUACGAAACUGAACGUUUGUUGCAAGAACUGAUGACACUUAACAUGGACGCUAACGCGAUUGUUGUGAACCAAAUUCUGCCCGUCAACGAGUGCUGCGAAUACUGCAAAAAUAAACGAGCUAUUCAAGCAAAGUACUUGGCUCAAAUCGAUGGACUGUAUAUGGAUUUCCAUGUACUUAAGAUUAAUAUGCAAACAACAGAAGUCCGUGGUGUGAAGGCACUCAUUGAAUUUGGGAAGUUUUUAGUCUCAAAGGAGUGA